AUGCAGCUUCUCUUCCUCUCGACGCUUCUCGCCGCCCUCUCCAUGCCGACGGCCGCGGUCUCGGUCGGCGAGUGGCUCCAGUGCGGUGGCAUCGGCUACACCGGCGCCACCACCUGCACGGCAGGCUUCACGUGCAAUGUCGUCAACAGCUACUACUCGCAGUGCCAGCCCAAGACCGUCAACACGAAACUCUACGUCCCCCGCUACGGCCAGUGCGGCGGUAUAGGCUGGACGGGCCUCACGACGUGCACCGAAGGCAGCACGUGCGUGUUCAACAACCCCCACUACUCGCAGUGCCUUCCGUGAUCGGCCGUCGCCUUCGCAAGCUCGCAGCUGUGUCC